AUGCGCCACCUGCUUUUGUCUAGCACAAUCUCACCAAACUGUUAUACUCCAGGCAUUCAGAAAGUCGAGGCGAACCUCAAGGACCAACUUGUCUUCAUUGAAGGAACCGCGCCUCCAAGUUCUAUCGUCUCCGUGAUCCAGGACACAGGUCGCGACGCGAUCCUGCGGGGCAGUGGCACAACGGACAGUACGUACCGAAAUCCGCCGAUCCGCUACCUUUUCCCUUCUUUUGAAGAGAGUCGGAAUCUAACGUCCUUUCAAUCUUUAGGCUCGGCCGUCUGCAUCCUCGAGACACACUCCAACACCGUUGCUAAUAAGAUCCGUGGCCUUGCUCGCAUGGUCCAGGUUUCUCCAAACAUAACUUUAGUCGAUCUGACCGUGAAUGGUAUCGCGCCAGGCAAAUACUGGGCUACCAUUAGAGAAGCUGGUGAUAUCUCUCAGGGUGCCGCAUCCACGGGAGGCAUUUGGGAUUCUUUGAAGGCGAAGGUGCUGGGCCCGGAGGCCGACACGGCGAAGGAGCCCCGGGGCAUCUUUGGCUCCGUAGAUGUGGACGAGAAGGGUCGCGGCAAUGUUUUCAUGGACCGACCGGUGGCUAUUUGGGAAUUGAUUGGACGUAGUAUGGUUCUGUCUUCGAGUAAGGAGGGGCCAUUCCAAAGAGAGGAUGUGAACACCCUCGUUGGUGUUAUUGCCCGCAGUGCGGGUGUUUGGGAUAAUGAUAAGAUGGUGUGUUCAUGCUCUGGAAAGAAUGUUUGGCAGGAAAGACAGGAGCAAGUUGUUCAGGGCAUGGUAUAA